AUGAUGAAAAGCAUAGCUGGUACUUUCUUCCGCGGUUUAACAGGUGUGUUACCCAUCGCCCUGACACUGUGGCUAACCGUCUGGGUGAUCACCACAACCGAGGGGCUCCUGCGCAAACUGUUUGUCUAUAUCCUGCCGGACAAUUUUUAUUUCCCGGGCCUGGGUAUUCUGUUUGCCCUGGGGCUGAUUUUUGUCACCGGCCUGCUGAUGCAGAUGUUUGUGUUCAAGAAACUGUGGGAGUGGUUCGAAGCGUGGCUUGAACGCGUGCCUCUGGUGAAGACCGUGUACCAAUCUGUUAAUGAUUUUUUUGGGUUUUUCUCUUCCAAUGUGUCAGAAAGCGCAUCGAAAGUUGCCUGUAUCGACCUGGGUAAUGGCGCACAGCUGGUGGGUUUUAUUACAGACGAAAGCCUGGAGGCGUUUGCCGACGUUGGGCGGGAUCGUGUGGCUGUUUACGUGCCCAUGAGCUAUCAGAUUGGUGGCUAUACGCUGCUGGUACGCAAAGCUGAGGUCGAGAUUCUGGAUAUUCCUGUUGAACAGGCUAUGCGGUUUGUGCUCACGGAUUCAGUCAUGCGCAUGUUCAUCUUUCUCAGCGUUCUUACGCUUGCACCGUCGGCGUGGGCGGCUGAAUCUUAUGAAUUACCUGUCAGUAUCAAUGAGGUCAUGGUCGCGUUGAUCAAUGAUGCUGCCGAUCCGAUCUGGGUUGCGGCAUGGCACACACCAGAAACAGACGCCGAAUGGCGCUUGCUUGAACACCGGGCAACUCAGCUGCAACUUGGCGGCACGCUGAUCGCUUAUCCUGGUACCGGCGGGUUAGACCACAAGUGGACUGCCAAGCCACCCUGGCGAGCAUGGGCAACUCAACUGAGCGAUGCCAGCGCAGAGGCACUUGCCGCAAUAAAGGCUCGAAAUAUUGAGGCCAUCAGCACCGCCGGAGAUCGGAUUGUUGAAACCUGUGAAGGUUGUCAUCAGGCAUUCAAGAUGGAUUUUCCAACUGGUGGUCAGUACGGUGAGCUUUCGCCGAACGCCGCAGAUCUAGAGGAUUGA